AUGGGAGCGAAUGAUAUCGAUAUGGAAGAAGGGACUCUCGAGAUCGGCAUGGAAUACAGAACUGUUUCUGGUGUUGCUGGACCAUUGGGCCCAAAGUACCAGGAAAUUGUUCAUAUUCGGUUAGGAGAUGGAUCGACGAGACGUGGUCAGGUUUUGGAAGUCGACGGAGAGAAAGCAGUUGUGCAGGUUUUUGAAGGAACAUCUGGAAUUGAUAACAAGUUUACCACCGUGCAAUUCACAGGAGAGGAAAACCCGAUUGAUAAUGGUCCUCCUAUUUUGCCAGAGGCUUACCUUGAUAUUUCAGGAAGCUCAAUCAAUCCCAGUGAAAGAACGUAUCCCGAAGAUAUGAUACAGACGGGGAUUUCGACCAUCGAUGUCAUGAAUUCCAUUGCUCGUGGACAGAAGAUUCCUCUUUUCUCUGCUGCUGGUCUUCCUCAUAAUGAAAUUGCUGCUCAGAUUUGUCGUCAAGCUGGUCUUGAUCAUGGAGAGGACAAUUUUGCGAUUGUGUUUGCAGCUAUGGGUGUGAACAUGGAGACGGCUCAGUUCUUCAAGCGAGAUUUCGAAGAAAAUGGAUCGAUGGAGAGAGUUACCCUUUUCUUGAAUCUGGCCAAUGACCCGACCAUUGAGAGAAUCAUCACUCCUCGAAUCGCCCUCACAACAGCAGAAUAUCUGGCUUAUGAAUGUGGGAAACACAUCCUCGUUAUAUUGACGGAUAUGAGUUCGUAUGCUGAUGCUCUUCGUGAGGUAUCCGCUGCACGAGAAGAAGUUCCGGGAAGACGUGGAUAUCCAGGUUAUAUGUACACUGAUCUUGCAACUAUUUAUGAACGUGCUGGGCGUAUCGAAGGAAGAAAAGGUCCCAUCACCCAAAUCCCUAUCCUGACUAUGCCCAACGACAACAUCACGCAUCCAACUCCGGAUCUUACUGGUUACAUUACUGAAGGUCAGAUAUAUAUCGAUAGGCAACUUCACAACCGACAGAUUUAUCCACCCAUCAAUGUGCUUCCAUCUCUUUCUCGUCUAAUGAAGAGUGCUAUUGGCGAGGAGAUGACUCGUAAAGACCAUUCGGAUGUGUCAAACCAGCUAUACGCAAAUUAUGCAAUCGGGAAAGACAUUCAAGCGAUGAAAGCUGUUGUUGGAGAAGAAGCACUUUCUUCAGAGGAUCUACUAUAUCUAGAGUUCUUGGAUAAGUUUGUGAUGCAAGGUGCUUACGACACGCGCAACAUUUUCCAGUCGUUGGACUUAGCUUGGACAUUGCUCCGUUUCUUCCCACGCGAGCUUCUUCACCGUAUCCCUGCAAAGACACUCGACCAGUUCUAUAGCCGCGACUUUCAAGAUUUCUUCUUGUUUUUGUUUUCCUUGUCAGGCAAAAAAAGUAAUGGAGGUAUGAGCUAUAUCGUAUCGAAACUCUUUGAGAGAUGA